AUGGACCCACCGUCGACCGAAAUGACGUUGGCGCUGGUGCCGCCGCCGCCGAUGGAUGACGGCCAUGACCAUGACCAGCCCCCGCCAGCAUCUCUCUUCCUCGCCUCGGAGCCUCCGAUGGGCAUGCCGCCGCCACCCCCCGCAGCAGCGUUCCCCCCACCGCCGCCCCCGUUCGAAAGUGGCCCGCCGCCACCGCCGCCUGGCAUGGCACCCCCGAGUGCGCCUUCGACGCAGGCUGCCGACGCAGCACCUGGCGUCAUGAAGCUUAAGGACGACCCGAUGUUCUCCAAGUACUUUACAAUGAUGAAGCUGGGCAUGCCCGAAGGCGCGAUCCGCCAAAAGAUGGCGCUCGACAGCAUCACGCUCGACCUAUUUGCGCUCGACCCGGAAGGACCGUCGCCCAACCCGCCCGCGACUGCAGCGGCCGACGACGACGGCGACGACGACUUUUAAUCUGCAGACAUACACAUGCCGGACGGCGUCUCCACUAUGUUGAUCGCAUGCGUUCUCGCGCUGCAGUGGCAAG